UUCAAACGGCCGGCGGGCGCGGCGCGUGCGGCCGGUGGCUCCCCAGGGGACGGCGCUGCCCGGCCCGGCCGCACCCCCCCUCACCCCUCACCCCCACACCCAGCCUCAGCAUGUCGGCGCGGCUGGUGGGACCCGGGCCCUACCGCGCUACGCGGCUGUGGAACGAGAUCAUCGAGCUCUUCCGCGCCGCGAUGCCCCUGCGGAAGCACCGGUGCCGCUUCAAAAGCUACGAGCGUUGCUUCAAAGCCUCGGAGGCCGUGGACUGCUUGCACGAGCUGCUCGGCUCCAACCAGAACUUCGGCCCCGAAGUGACUCGCAGUCAGACGGUUAAGCUGCUUAAAAAGUUCCUGAAAAACCACGUUAUUGAAGACAUCAAAGGAAGAUGGGGCAAAGAGGACUUCCAAGAUGAUGGCCAUUUGUACAGAUUUCCUCCUUCCUCACCUCUGAAGCCAUACCCAAAGAAACCUUCAUAUGGAAAGGAAGUCAUCAAAUUUCCAGAUUGGAAUGAAACGAAGGUUGGCGUUUCCCAAGAACACAUCCCGGUGAAAUCUGUCACAAUGAACUCUGAAAUGUGGUACAAGCGUCACAGUAUAGCUAUAGGGGAAGUACCAGCAUGCAAACUUGUUCUCCGUAGGGAGUUAACACAAGCACAUAUAGAAGAGAUAUGGAAGUCUAUGACUUUGUCAAGACUACAAAAGGUCUUGGGUUUGAAUUCACUGGAUGAAGUGCUGGACACAAAGCUUGUCAAUUCAAAGCAUAUUGUCCAAAAUGCAUACAAUGUCAAUAAGCAAGGCAUUGUCAUUUUAGAAGACAAGUCAAAGGACCUACCUCACUGGAUAUUGUCAGCAAUGAAAUGCCUAGCAAAUUGGCCAAGCUGCUCAGAUUUGAAGCAGCCUACAUAUUCAGGAUUUGAAAGAGAUGUCUUCAAGACUAUAGUGGACUACUUUGGCCAGAUGAAAGAACCACUUCUCACAUUUAAUUUUUUUGAUAUUUUUGUUUGUGUGUUAGGUCUGUUGCAAAAACACAGCAAGGCUGUAGAAGCUCUCCAAAUAUCUUGUCUCCUGCUGCCACCGGAAAAUCGGAGGAAACUACAGCUGUUGGUGAGGAUGAUGGCAAGAAUUAGCUUUAACCAAGAUUUGCCACCUCUUUCUGAAUCAGUGAGGACCAGAACCUUGAUGGUUCAGGCAUUUUCCCGUUGCAUUCUUUGCUCUAAAGAUGAAAUGGACUUGGAUGAACUGCUUGCUGCUAAACUAGUAUCUUUUCUCAUGGACAAUUAUCAGGAGAUCUUAAGUGUUCCUUCUUCCUUGAAAUCAUCUAUAGAGGAACAUGUUGUACAUGUCCAAAGAGUCCAAAUAAAAUAUACUGGGGCUGACACUGAUGCAACUUUUCCUGCUCCAUCUUUUUGUCACCAAAUCAGCACAGAUGAGUUUGAAUACCAAAGGGCUACUGGCUCUCAAGAACCACUGGCAGCUUUAUUGGAAGAAAUAGCAAUGAACAAAGAAAUAUCUGUGAAAGACAAGAAGAAGAAGCUCAAACAAUUUCAGAAAUCUUACCCUGAAGUGUAUAAAGAACGAUUUCCUACCCCUGAAACUGAAGCAGUACUAUUUCCUGAAAAAUCUAAACAGAAACCACCAAUUUUGAUGUGGGCCUUAAAAAAGCCUUUUCAACCAUUUCACAGAACCAGAAGCUUUCGGAUGUGAACGGUUUGUAAUACAUCAUCGAACUGAGUCAGAACAUAUCAGUCAAUCUUAUGCAAAAGGAGCCUAAGCAACAUGUAAUUAACUCACUAAAAAAAAAGAGUAUUGGGGAUAUUGUUGAGACUGUAUUAAAAAAAAAAAAAAGGUCAAAAGAAGAGGAAAGUAUUGAGGAGUUAUAAAUGUGAACCAAUAUCAGUAUUUUUGUAAAACACUUUUAAAAUGUUUUGUAUUUUUUUAAAAACUCGAUGAUUAACUUACAUGGGUGAUAAGGUACACUUUCAGUAGUCUAUUUCAAGGUCUAAAUGUAUUUGUGUAAUAUUGUUGUUAGUGAGCAGCAUUUUUUUCUGAAGAUGAAUCUCUUAUGUAAACUAGUUGGCCUUUAUUCACGAGUAGCUUGAGAAAUUCAUAUUAUGUACAGAAGUGAAUAAGUAUGAAACACUGGAUUUUUUGAUAAUGUGUACGCUAGCCUAGUGUUCUUAAUAUGUAAGGUUUAUUUCAGAAAACUGUAAAGACUCAAUUUUAAUUCUUAUGAUGCAUUAUAGCUUGACCCAACUCCUGUUGAAGUUCCAUGGAUUUCACUAUUGCAGACCUAGUCUGUUAAUCAACCCAGUCUUUUAACUCUUUUCCAUAACUCUUACUAAAUAUUGCUGGACAAAAAUUUGAUGCCGGUCCAAUAGAACACAUUUUCAGAGAAAAAUCUGAAGCCUUACAUUUCUUAUGUUUAAUGAUUUCAUUUGUUUUACAUUAUGAAACCUAUUGUACUGUGUAUACCUUGAUUGUGACAGCACCUCUGAGCAAUUAAAGCAUUAAUGUUUUCAGGUAUUUACUUAGUGAUAGUUUCAGGUUAUCCAUAAGAGUUCUAAAGAACAAUAUAUCAUACCUUACUGCAUGUCACAAAGUUUAUGCAGUAGAGAAGAUAUCUGACAUCUCAAAAACUAUGUCUGAAAUUCUAAUAAGCAGCAAGGUGGUUAUCGUGGAAUGAAACAGUGAGCAUUUUCACUUUGCUAACCCCCUAAUCAGUCAAUAAGCUUUAAGAUGUAUAUUGUGAGGUUGCUGACUUAGCAGACUGCAAUGUUUCUCAGGUAUAGUGCUUUUGAUGAACAGUGUGUUUUUCCAUGAUCUGUCUUCAUACUUGGACUUCAUAUCAGUAAUCAUUAUUUAAACAAGAGUGAUACAAAAGAACUUUGUUCUUGUUUGAUAUUAAGAAAAUAUUAAUAUUAAAAUUAGACUGAGGCCACUUCUUACCUUUUGUUCUAGGUCUCUGAAGGUGACAUAACCUCAAAUUUGUGAUAGUGUGCUGUAUAUGAUUAUGUGCAGUUAUCUUUGACUAGACUACUUGUAUAAUCAUUUGGUUACAACAGUAACGCACGAAGCAUAAGAACAGCUAUUAGGAAAGUGUCUUGCUUAAAAAAGAGGAAGCUAACCCUAAGUCAUCUGACAUUUGUUCUUCUCUGCAAAGGAGGGGUAGGAUUCUAUCUUAUUUGUUGGAAGUAAUCUCACUGCUUGCUGAUAAGCCUUCUAGUGUCACAUUGAAUUGUUUCCCCACUGUUCCACUCCUACUAUUCAUAUAGCCUUCCUUAACCUGUUCUAAACAGCAAUUAGAGUUCACUCAUUAGUCUCCACUGUUAGAAGUUGAAGAUAUGACAUUUUCUGUGGGUCAACUGCACUUGUGUAGGAGGCUUCUUGAAAGCUAGCUGAGAGAAGCCUGACCUUGAUUCACUGUCUAAGAAAAAAAACGCAACACUUCAUAUCCCUAAACCAUAGUCAAUAGAAACUUCAGUUUCAUAUUAACGUUCUCAGGAAUUUAACUUUUACUGCUGUAUUAAAACCUUCAGUGUCUUGAUGUUGCCAAUACUGAACAACCUGGGAUCUAUUAGGUUUAUUUCCCUUGCACUGUGAGGCCAGACAUUCUUUUGCUUAUCUCAGUGGCUGUUUACUGAAGAGGCUCACUAAAUGAAGUCUUAGUAGGCACCCUUUUCAAACAUAGCAGGAGGAAGACUCAAAGGUAAAUGUUAUUGGUUUAGUCGCUUUUUUUUUCCUAUUUAAGGAUGAUAAAUUCAUGUUUGUCAUCUAAGAGCAUUAUCUUAAAUAUCUAAUUUUAAGUUCAUAUGUAAAGAGGAGCUAAUUUGUCAUUAGAUUUGCACAAUGCUGUUUAACUCCUUAGUACUAAAGCUUAAACUGUAAGGAAAUUAGGUGUCAAGUUACUGUUAGGAUUUUUGGACAAGAACCAAAAUCUUGGGUUUAAAGAUUUUAUUUUAUUUUAUAUUUUAUUUUGGUUUGCUUUUGUGUCUAUCUUUUUUCUAUGCUAAGUUUUGCCCCAGCAGAGCAAUCCCUUUUCCUCCAGCAUCACCUUGACCAUAACUUUUUUGCUAACCUAUUACUUUCUACAGCUGUGAAAGCUCUGCUCAACCAUUUCCUAAAAGAGAUAAAGUAUUGAUCUUCCUUUCUUGGGAGGGGAGCUGGGACUUUGCUCAACGUUCCUGUUUGUUGAUGUUUGCUACAUUGCUUCUUUCCUUUGACAAACACAGCUCACUACAGCUCCAAAGGUAACUAUAAAUCAUCUGAAAAAUCUUCUGCUUUGCAUGUCUCUGUUUCUGCUCUGAUCCUCUGAUGUUAGUCACUCUUGGAGUAUUAGCUUCCAUUGUUAGCUGCUAAUCACAGAACAGAUUGGUCUGGAAGGGACCUCAAAGACCACCCAGUUCCAACCUCCCCUGCUAUGGGCAGGGAUACAUCCCACCAGACCAGGUUGCUCAAAGCCCCAUCCAGCCUGGCCUGGAAGACUUCUAGGGAUGCAGCAUCUACAGCUUUGGACAACCUGUCCCAAGGCCUCACCAUCUUCAUGGUAAAGAAUCUCUUUCUUAUAUCUAAUCUAAGACAACCCUCUGUUAGUUUAAAGCCAUUCCCCCUUGUCCUGUCACUCCACUCACUGACAAAGAGUCCCUCCCCAGCUUUCCUGUAGCCCCCCUUUUAUUAGUACCUUUCCUGUAGGUACUGGAUGGCUGCUGUAAUGUUUCCCUGGAGAGCCUUUUCUUCUCCAGGCUGAACCACCCCAACUCCUUCAACCUGUCUUCACAGGAGAGGUGCUCCUGUCCACUGAUCAUCUUCAUGGCCAUCUAUGUGGACUCACUCCAAUGAGUCCAGGUCCUUGUUUUGUUGGGGCACCACAGCUGAAUGCAGAACUCCAGGUAUUGUCUCUUGAGAGCAAAGCAGAGCUGCAAAAUCACCUCCCUCCUUCCACCUGCUGGCCAUGCUUCUUUUGAUACAUCCCAGGGUACCGUUGGCUUUAUGGGCUGCAAGUGCACAUUGCUAGCUCAUGUUAAACUUCUCGUCAACCAAGACUCCUGGGUCCUUCUCCUCAGGACUGCUCUAAAUCCCUUCUCCACCCAGCCUGUAUUUGUGCUUGGGAUUGCCCAGACCCAGAUCCGCUAUCUACUUGGCCUUGUUGAAUAUCAUGAGCUUCACAUGGGCCCACCUCUCAAGCCUGCCCAGGCAUCCUUUCCCUCCAGUGUUUUUGACAGCUUGGUGUCAUCGGCAAACUUGGUGAGGGUGCACUUGAUCCCACAGUCCGUGUUACUGGCAAAGAUGUUGUAUAGUGCCAGCCCUGAUACUGACUCCCUGGGGAACACCACUCGUUACUGAUCUCCACCUGGACACUGAGCCAUUGACUGCAGUUCUUAGUGUGCCUAUCCAGCCAAUUCCUUACCCACUGAGUGGUCUAUCCAUUAAACCCAUUUAUCUCCAAUCUAGAGACAGGGAUAUCAUGGGGGAUGGUGUCAAAUGCUUUGCACAAGUCCAGGUAGGCUGGAUUUAUCUUACCUUUUGAUGUGAGUCAUACUUGAGAAAUGGGUGUUGCAUUCUGCUGUCUGUAAAAGGAGUUGACAAGUUUAAUUAUAAACAGGUGAAUUUAGGUCCCAUUCAUGAGUUUCUGUUUGGGUGCCUGACUCUCAUGUGAUUUUACUGACAUAACUAUGUAACAUAAAAGAUAUGCUUACAUCUCUUUAGAAGAGAGGAAGCUGAUACAUGGAUGUGAAGUCCUUUCUAGAAGAAAUUAAAAGAGGCAGGAUUUUUAAACAAUAUUUUUAGGGGCUGUCAUUUUCAAGUUCAUUGAUUUUUGGGUGGAACUUUGGAUAGCCAAGGCUGCAUAGAGAAAUUUCUUGCUCAUUCUGGCAGGAGACUAGAAGAGUACCAAAUACACUUCGUUAUUCAAGAGAACAUGGGAUUGCAUCUGAUAGCAAAUCUGGGUAAAAGAAUGAAAAAACUGAUAAAGAAUUUCAGUGGCAAAAAUCUAAUGCUGAGUAAUACAAUGUUUAGUCAAUAUGUUGUUUUUAAUUCUUGAUGGAAAGUACACUGUCUUGGAUGGUGAAUUUGGUUUUAUUAGGGUUGUGGUCUGCAGGUUCGUUAAAGUGUGUUUCAGCUUUUAAUUCAGAAAAAUUUUGCAGUGGGGGUAAGAUAGCAGUAUGUCAGAUUUAGGUAAACUGAUAAGAGACCUAGUUUUUGUUUUAUUAUGGAUUCCUCAUAAGUAGUUAUGGAGCCACAGAUACGGCUGAAAAUUUUGGGCACAUUAGGCUUUUUAUGGCAUGCCACUAAGUAGCAUCUGAUAAAAUACUGACAUGAGCCAGUAAUAGUUUAAGUGAUUAAGAACUGCAUAAAUACAAGUACAAGGGUAUAGUUACUAAUGGAGAUGCUCUUAAUGAUUUUUGCAGGAAAUCAGUACUAGGUUCUUCUGUCAGUGUUUUCACUGGACAGGAAACAGGGUAUGAAAAUAUAUAUUAAAAAAGCUGUUGCUGCUGUAGGUAAUCUCAUCGGUGUUUUUAGAAUGUGCAGUAAUAAUAGGGGCAUUAGUAUGGAACAGUGCAGGUUAAAAAUUAAUUCAAGCAUGGUCAUAUCAAAAUUAUCUAAAAGGAGGAAAUGUAGGACAUUUAAAAAAAAAAAAGAAAAAUGUUCAGUAGAGAUUGUGUUCUGGAGAACUACCUCUGUGUAAGGGUUUAAUCCCCCAGUGCACAAGACUUUCCAACAUUAUACUGAGGCAAAAGGCUAAUGUAAUUCUUGGAGGUCUAAAUUGGAGGAUGUUACAUAAGAUCAGCUGAGUCAUCUCUCGUGUGACCUCCGUGCUCAGUACUGGGUGACUGACAUUGAAACAUUGCAGUUUUUGCAGGCUUUUGAAAAACUGUAUAUGAUGCAAGAUGAGAAUUCAAAAUAACUUUCCUUAAAGUGAGGAUUUACGUUAUUUCAGUUUUUUCCAUUCAUGAGAAACAGGAACAAGAGGUCACUUGAUUAGCUCGUGGAAGUACAUUCACGUAAAGAAGUACAUAUAUUGGUAAGGAAUGAAGACAUGAGUUGAGAAGGGAACAAUACUCAGUGGUUGGAAAAUGGAGCUAGCUAUGUUUAAAUAGGGAGGUGGGGUUGUGGGUUUACUUUGACAUUGAGGGUACUGAAUGAUUGAAUGUGGUGAUUUUAACUUUUGCUUGGUUUCUCAGAGGUAUUCUUUUUGGUGUAUGUUUACUGCAACCACUGAGCUGAGGGCAUGGUGAGCAAAGGAGAAGCAUUAUGACUUAAUAUAUGGGAGACCAGACAAAAUCUCAGGGCUCAUCAGUCCUUGUGUGCUAAGGAUUUUUACAGGAGUCCCCCAUCUGUUCAAAGUCAUCAGCUUCACCGAGUUCAGGAAAUGAUGUAAAACAGUUAACUCUCUUGAUUUAUUUUUUAAAAUUUUAUUUAAGGCAACUAAAGAAAACAGUACUUUUAACUUUUGGUUUUCAGCCAAACCUCAGCGAAUAUAGGCAAAGAGGCAUCACCUUUUGUGUUGUUGGGGCACGGCUGCUUAUGGGGAUAUUGAAAAUCAGCUCUGCUCUGCACAGCACUCUGGUUAGGGAGAGUGAGGUAUGUCUCUGUACUGCAGUUGCUUUCACUGGGAAUGAGAGAGGAUAAGAUACAUAGAAAUGUGGUCUGGUGGCUGGUAUGAGUUCCAGUAAUACACUCAUUGUUGCUCUGUGAUCUAAGUAGGCAUUCUAAAAUGUAUGUCUUAAUCUUCUAUUUUUCAGCCUGGUAUUUAUAUGGUGCUGAACUGAUCAAAUCAUGUUUAGGGAAGACAACUCUCGAACAUCCAAAGCAACCUGAAGUGUCUUUUGUCUUAACACUAGCCUAUAUCUGUCUAUAGCUAACUCUUCUUACGAUUUUUUUUUUACACUGUUUCUAUAAUUGUGGUUUGAAAUAACUGCAAGGUUCCCUGAAACUUUAGCAAUAUAAGAGAAGCUUCUGGCAGUGUUUCCUGAGCUUGCCUGCUGAAGAGAGGAUGGACUGACCUUGGCACUUCUAGACUGAUUCUGACGGUGAAUAAAAGGCAUAAUUUAAUGCAUUUACAUGUUUGCAGAUAUUUCUUUUGUUUCCUUGCUUAAGUACUUAUCUGCAUGAGGAUCUGGCCUUGUGCAUGACUAAGAUUUGCUAUGUUAUUUCAAAGCUGAUGUGCAGUGCUAGCUUUUAAAUUUGAUCUCAUGAUAUGCAGUCCUCUCUGUAGAUGAUUUUGUGUUCAAAUAGUGGUGAGAGAAUGAGUAGUGGGUUUGCUAGUCUCUUGUCUGAUACAAUGGCUUGCAAAAUAUUAGCUUUCUUGUUUCAAGAAACUGUGUGAAGAAUGUCUUUUUCAUGUUGGAAUCUAUGCAAACUGUUUGGGGAUCCUAUGAAAAAUUUCUUUUCUCCUUGAUAACUGUAUAGUUUAAUGUAUUGUGUAUCCUUCUAGAUGCAUGGUAAUUUAUGACCCAGCAGAGGUCAGCCUUGUGACAUUUUUCAAGGCAUAUAAUCACAGAAAAGGAGCAUAAGUAAAGGUAUGAUAAAAGCCUUUGGAAUUUUAUGAAAUAUAUUCCUGCUAAUUAGAAUUGAGUGAUGUUACUGUGUUGUAGCUAGAUAUGGUUUCUUAAAUACCUCAUUGUAAAUUGUCUUUACAUACUAGGGCUCUAUCAUUUUGUAAAAUUGUUACCUCUCAAAUGUUAGCCUUGUUAGUGUACUAAUAUACCUUCUUACUGAUUUGACUAAAUAAUAUAAUUGUAUUUUCAGAGUUGGUUGUGUUCCCUCUUAAUAUUGUUUCACUGAGCUGCACAUGGAACUGUUGUUUGAAUUUUGCAUGCUUCAUGAUGAAGUCUUCAAGUGAUAUUUCUGAAUAACAUUAAUGGUGUAAGCAGAUGUGAAGAAAAGUUGGGGAAGGAGGUGGGAAGAAUAGGCAGAUAUUGUCACUUCUUUCUAACAGUGCAUAAGAAUAAAAGGUUUUCUUUCCUUUCCAUAAAAAAAUCUUGUUUUCAUUUUUGAUGCUUAAAAAACAAAGUUAGGGGAAAGAUAGGAUGAAAAGGAGGGGUUCAACCCCUAGGACCAGUUCUGAAGCAUAAAGGUUUUGUUCACCCUGUAAAAUACCAUUCCUAUUUUUUAUCACAAUACUAGAAUACGCAUUGGUAGUUUCUUUGGUAUUAAUAAGCAUAACACUCUAAUUGCAUGUAGCGUUGACAAUUCACAUUUUAGUCCUCAUCAGUAGUAGUGGCAAUCUUGUCUUAAAUUGGCAAUCUUGUCUUAAAUUGUCUGACUACGUGAUUUAUAAGUUCAGUUUCAACUGGCAAAGUCAACAACAGCUGAUAAAAUUGCUCUGCCUAGCUUGAACACAAUUGUCUGUGGAACUUGAGAGAGGUCCAAAGUAGUUUUAUCCAGUUAGGCAGCAGAAGUGAAUAUGCAAUAACAGGCUUGUCAAAGCUGCAGCUGAGUCUUCUGCAAUGGAACUUGCUUUAAUGACUAGAGCAUGACAUUGGAAACUGAGAAAACACGUUGCCUUUUUCAUACAUCCUGGUUGUCUUCUGAAUGUCACAAAGAUGUUUUAUUCCCUCAUUGUUACUGUACUAUUUUUUUAAUCUGUGAAAUAGGGCUACUAAUGCUCUGGAGUUGUUUUUAAACAUAAAAAACACUGAGAAGAGAACAAUAUUCUGAGUUUCUGGAAUAGCUAAUAAAAAUACAUUCAGUGUCUCUUCAGCAGCAAGGCUGCAAGUCAAAAUCAGCCUCAGGAAUAGAGACUGCUUUUUAAUGCUUUCUUGUUUUUCCUUUUUUUCUUUAAUUUGCCUUCAAGGAGGUGAGAUCAGCUUGGUGCAAUAGCAGCUAUUACAUUUUUCUUUCUCUUUUGCAAUAGAUGGUUACAAACCCUCCAAGAAACUGCCAGCCAGAGAGCAUUAUUUUAUCUCUAUUUCAAGAACAUGUUUAUAAAAUAACUUUGUUAAAAUGGAAGCUUUUCCUGAAAUGGAAGCUCGUAUUAGUGUGCUGUGACCAGAAUGCUGUAGUGUGUUCUUUUUUGAGCAGGUUAUUGAGGACACUUAAUGUUUGUUAGUCGGAGAAUAAGAAAGCCAAGGUCUGAAGAUGAAGAACCCCAUUUAAUGUUAAUCAGCCACGGUGUAUGUUAUUGUUCUUGUUCCUGUCCACUCAUACCAUGGAAAUGAAAACAAUGUUGUAUGAUUUGGGCAUCCUAUGGAUUCUGAUAGUAUGUGCUUAUGUAUUUAGGCCUUAACUUAAUGGAAAGAUAUUGUGAAUGUUGCACAAGUAACUGUCACUAUGUCAUGCACACCAUCUCUUGAAUUCUUGCCUCUGUCUUAAUCUCUUAUUUGAAAGCAUAUUUUGUCCUCUGCACACUGGCUUUUGCCAGCCACUUUUUGUUAUAUAGAAAACCCAGGGAUGUAAGCAACUCUUUGAUCCAAAAUAGGAAGCCUUUCUUAAACACUGAGAAACAAAAGUAGGUGCAGAGACCGGUACUCUGAAUUAAAUCAGCUUGGGUCCAGGUGUGCCAAAACCUAUUAACCCAACAGAACAUAGACUACUGAAGCGCAAAAUCACUGAGAUGUUUACACUGUGCUCUGUACCACACUUGCGUUUGAGAAUACAGCACAGGAAUGCCUGGUCUGGUUUUGGCAGAGAAACCUGCUUUUCAAAGCUUCACACAGGUAUGUAAGCCUCAGCUAAAACCUCUUCAGACAUCUACAUCUGUAAGGAUGCAUAAGCUUUCAUCAAAGAAAUAAUUUGGGCAAAUGGAAGUACACAGCAAUGCUCAGGUUCUUCUAGGAUGCUGUCUACAAACCUCAUGAGUCUUUAAAAGAUCUAAGUGCUUUUACCCAGGAUGUGUUACUCCUGGAAUUCCACACAUCUGAAUUAAACAGGAACAAACAGGCAAUUUCUGUCCUUUCAAACUGAGGAUAGUGGUUUAUAAGGCAAAUUAGCAACAUAAAUAUUUAAAACAAAAGCAAAACAAAAAUUCUGGUAAUGCUUUCUUUUUUUUUUCCCUUGCUAGGGGUGAGGAGUGAUUUACAUAACUUGAAAAAAAUGCAAGAGUAAAUGUGUAAAUCUGUAUGGAGAAGCUGUACCACAUGCUCCUGAAUGUGGGGCACUAGAUAUCAGACACCUCAGCCUGGGAGAACAGCAUGUGCUAUGAUAUUUAACUAGUGUGCACUUCAAAAUUCAUAAAGGCUUGGAUUUCUUUUUUUCUUUAAAUAAAUAAAUAAAAAAAAAACCCAACAACCAAACAACCAACCUAAGAGUAUGGAGUGAACUAGACAAAUCAGAUUUGAAUUCCCUAGGCUAUGUGCUUACCUGUGAAGUGUUUUAAUAGGCUCAUCUGGGAAAUAGCCACCUGAGUUUCUUUAACUCAAGCUCAUUACAAGACAGACUACUAAGUUUUUUUUUUUCCUUUUCAUUGCUUAAGAGUCAAAAAGACUCAAAUUUUAAUUGCUUCACUUCCUCUCAUGACUUCUUUUCAGUCAGAACAGCUGUUGUUUUUCUGUUCAUCUGUAGCCAGGUUCAUCUGCUAUUCUGUGAUGAUGCGUAGAUUCAUCUGUGUGUAGAAUAAUAAUGUUUGUACCACGAUAGUGUCUGUUUUCUUAACAUAAUAAAAGAAAAAAAGAGUGAAGCUUUGAACCUGGCACCUUGCUUUACUACAUGAUUUGCCAAGUUUUUCUAUAUAUAUGAUCGGUAUUGUAUAUGUACAUGCUCAAAAUAUCUGCAAAAUAUUGACUGAUAAGAUAUAAUUAAGGAUAUGUUCAAGACAGCCUAUUUGUUCAUUUCACAGGUAUCUGAAACCACCAAUUAUUUUUCUGGUAGAUUUUCAUUGUGUCAGGAAAUAGAAUCAAAGCAAGAGAAGUUUUAAAGUCUUCAAUGCAAAAUAUACGAGUAAAGGCAAGAAUGAACUUAGGAAAAUAAUUUCUUCACAAUUUAUAAACUAUUUAGGAAGUUUAUUUUACAUAAUCUAUUUAUUUAUUUUGAAAAACACUGCAGCAUUAAGAAAACAUCUUUGUUUAGACAUUUAAAUCUAGAUUUUAAUGAAACUCAGGUGUAACAUCAAUUCUGUAAUAUUGGUAUGAAAUAUGUUUUUCUGCCUUGAGAUUUGGUUGGAAGUCAAGCUUUAAAUAUCAAGAAAAAUUCCCUUAUACCAAGUAUUGCAGUCUUCUUUGUACUUCUCACCUCAUUUUGUCAAUAAAUGUUCAGGUUUGUAUUAAUGAAUGCAGUUAUUGCCUCAAACCAUGAAAACCUGAAAAUGAAUUUUAAAUUUGUAAGAGUGAUACAGAAAGCUUGGCCAGCUUAUUUUAUUAUUAUUAUUAUUAUUAUUAUUUAAGAUGGGAGUUGUUAUACGCAAAUUCAGCUACAUAAAGAAUUAAUCCCAACUGGAUCAUGCUAUUUUUUCCUAAAGUUUGUGAAGCCAAACGUAGGUAAGACUGCAGCUUUUUAUAACAUGAUGAAUGUAAUUUGAUGUGGUAACAUGGAUGCUAAUAGUGAAGAAACAGCUUUCAGUGCAGCUUGCAAACCUGCCUGAAGCCAUGGUGAUGUGCUCUGGUCUCUGGCCUACUCAGAAGUCCUAACUCUCAUGACCUUUCUUGGGACUGUUAUUGCCAGCUUAAUUCAUAGCUAUGCCUGUGUCCUCAUACACAGGUGUGUUGAAUACAUGUUUGGGAGAAUACCUGAAGAGCUCAUGAAUCCAAAUACAGGUUUAACAAAGUAUUGUAUAAAAUAUAGAUUAAAUGAGCUAACUUGCAUAGUUAAGUGUCAUACAGGUUAGUAAAACUGAAGUGUAAAUAUAUAUUUAAAGAAAAGCAAUUACAAUCUUGCAUGAGUUACAAGAUAAAGAAUGAAAAAUUCUGGCUUCUGUUGAAUAGUGUUAUGCUGAGUGGUAACCUUAUAUUUGGAAAGAAAUUACAUAUACUGAUUUCUUUUCCGAUCUCCAGUAUUUAACUAUGAAAAAAAGUUCAUGUACGAAACGCAUUUUUUCAAGGUAAUUAGUGGGGAAGCAACUUGACAUAGGAUCAUUGUAAGAUGGAUACCCAGGCAAGAAACAAGAAUAAAAUAAAAAAUAAUAAUAAAAAAAUGGAUAAAUAUCGAAUAUCACCUCUGUUGAAACAGGCAACAUUAAAAAGCCAAAGAGACAGGAGAGACAUUGUUCUAACCUUCAGUUUGAUUCAUCAUUCAAGAAUUUUUCAAGCCAGAGACAGAGCCACUUUGGCCUGAGAGGGUAGGGAUAUGUCACCCCAAGAGGACAGGGAAAUCAUAAGGACUUUAAUUUUCUAGCCCUCUGUGGACAAUAAAUGGAUAAGAAAAUGA